AUGGCCGAACUGCAGCAGCAGGAUGACCAGCCGCAGGAGCCGGUGGCCGAAUUCUGGUCCUUCCCCACCGACCCGGCCGAGUUCGACAACGACGAGCGUAUCUCAUUCUCGCGGCUCGAGAACAAGUACAUCGCGGUGCAGGAGGACGGGGCCGAGUACGAAUGGGACGGGGGCCUGAGGCGCUGGAUCCCCAUCGUCGACGACGCGCUGAUCGAGUCGCACCAGGCGGCGUACGGCGGGGGCGCCGCCGCGGCGGAAGAAGACGAGGCGACGACCGCCGCCGACCGGAGGAAAAAGAAGCGAAAAGCAGCCGGUGGAGACGACGACGGCAGCGGCAAGGCGAAGCGGCCGCGGCAGAACACGGCCGUCUACGUCACGGGCCUGCCGCUGGACGUGACGGUGGAGGAGAUUGCGGAGCUCUUCUCGCGCAAGUGCGGCGUCAUCGCCGAGAACAUUGACGACAGCAGCCCGCGCAUCAAGCUGUACACGGACGGCGGCGGCAACUUCAAGGGCGACGCCCUCGUCGUCUUCUUCAAGCCGCAGUCGGUCGACAUGGCCAUCAUGCUGCUCGACGACACCGACUUUAGGAUCACGCCCUCGGGCCUCUCGAGCGGGAGGAUAAGAGUCCAGGCGGCCGACACGAGCUACAAGAGGAAUAAUUACGACCAGGAGGGAGGAGGAGGGGAGAGUGGUGCGGACGGAGGAGGAGGUGGUGGUGGUAAUGUCAACAACGGCAGGGGGUCUGCGGCACCGGCGGCGGAGAAUAGCAAUGGCGGCCACGGGCGUAAUACGGCUGACAAGGCCAAGGUGAUCAAGAAGGCGCAGAAAAUGAGCGCAAAACUGGCAGACUGGGAUGACGACGACCCAUAUCCGCACCUCGCAGCUGCAGUCGGAGCAGGGACGGGAGCCAACGGACCAACCAACAAAAAGGCCGAGCGGACCGUGAUACUCCGCCACAUGUUUACGCUCAAGGAGCUCGACGAGGACCCGGCGGCACUGCUCGAAAUCAAAGAAGACAUCAGAGACGAGUGCGAGAAGCUGGGCGAGGUCACCAACGUCGUGCUCUUCGACUUGGAAGAGGAUGGCAUCGUGAGCGUCCGAUUCCGGUCCGCAGAUGCAGCCCAGGCGUGCAUCAAGCUCAUGCACGGCCGGAGCUUUGACGGGAGGACGGUGCAGGCCUCCCUGGCGACCGGAAAGGAGAAGUACAGGAGGUCUAAAGACAAGGAUGACGGUCUAGAUGAGGAGGAUGCCUAA